CUGAGAUAUGCAGAGCAAAGGAAGGCUGCCGCCUUGAAGCACAGCUCCUAUCUGCAGCCUCCCAGUCAGUUUCCUGCCCUUAAUAAAUCCCCGCGUUCCAACCUGUGUCCUACAGUCGGUGGGUCCGGGGAGCCUGCUGGUGGCCUUGAGCUCUGGGCACUGUACGAGAGGUUACACCAGACCCAUGGUGGCGGCGGCCUUAUCCGUGCUACUGCCGCGCUCGGCGGCAGCCCGCGGCUCGUAUGGCGCCUUCUGCAAGGGGCUCAUGCGCACGCUGCUCACCUUUUUCGACCUGGCCUGGCGGCUGCGCAUAAACUUCCCCUACUUCUACGUCCUGGCCUCGGUGAUUCUCAACGUCCGCCUGCAGGUACAUAUUUAG